AUCUCAUAUAUACAUCUCUAGGAAUUACCUACAAUCAGCAACUUCUUUAGUUCUGGUUGCAAAAAACUAGAGAAUUUUCUAUUCCAAAAAUUAAAAGAAGAAAAAAAUAGAGACAUGGACAAAGUUAUGCGCAUGGUUGUUGUUGGUGCUUUAGCCAUUGCAACUUUACUACAAGUCACAACAGCACAAACAGUGCAUGUUGUUGGGGAAGAUACAGCUUGGACUAUACCAGUCAGUGGCUCUGUAGUUUACACAACCUGGGCCUCUAAAAACACCUUCAAAGUUGGCGACACCCUAGUUUUCAAUUUUGCCACCAGCAGACAUGACGUGCAAGAAGUAGCAAAAGCCUCAUUUGAAGAGUGCAAUACCAAGAAUGUUAUAGGCAAAUCUAUCACAACAGGGCCAGCAAAUGUUACACUUGAAUCUCCUGGUGAACAUUAUUACAUUUGCACAGUUGGGAAGCACUGUCUAGCUGGUCAGAAACUGGCUAUUACAGUUUCAGGCACCUCCAAUGCUCCACGUCCUUCUUCUUCUUCCUCGACGGUCGUGUUCGCCAGUUUUCUGCUCAGUUUGUCUUCCAUUGCAUUGGCCAUUUUUAUUUAAGCAUAUCUAUAUAUAAGUAUACCUGAAUUCAUAUCGAACUCAUGAUUUGAUUCAGUUUAUUUGGGGCUAAAUUCUACUA